AUGGAAAAGAAGAAGAAGCAAAGGAACCGAAAGCCACUUAGCUGCUGGCCCUGCCGGGAGCGCAAAGUCCAAUGUGACCGGCGCUCCCCUUGUGCAACCUGUAGGCGGCGCGACCACAUCCAUCUAUGCCAGGUCGAAAGGCCUGCCGCCAGAGCCGACGAUGACGAUGAUGUACACUCCCUGCUGCACCAACAACUCACCACGCGUAUACAGCGCAAGGCUGCCGGGGAAGGCAGCCCUCUUGCCCCUCCCGGUUUCCCCUGUCCAGGCGAGCCGGCCGAUGAAGAUGCCUCGUCCCAGCUGAUUGCGGUGCUGGACGAUGUAUCUCGGUUUUUAGGACCGACCCACGAAACAGACAGCCCGACCAGGGAGAGGGUUUAUCUCGGUCAGAACUGUGCCGCAAACUUUUUCCGGGCACUCAUCGGCCAUUCAUCCGAGCGACAACGCCGGCGGCGGCCGUUGUUGCCAUUACCGAGUGGCGUGUCCGUGGAGUCGGCGUUUGGCCUCACGAACCGCACCACGCUACACCCGUUUGGAUCUCUCUGGUCCUAUGCCGGGAACGUGUCCCUGCACAACAUAUUGCAGUCGCUUCCCACGGUAGAAGCUUGCCUGAGGUAUUAUCGCAAUUUCGACCAAAACGUCCUUCCUUUUUACCCGUUUUUAUUAAACGCUCAAAUUUUUGAAAGUCGGUUUUGCGAUUUCCUGCAGGCACUAGGUGAUGAAGGCAUCGCCAAGGCGCUGGACCUGGCUGCUGCCGAGGGCGCCUUUCAAGACGCGGCGUGGUAUGGGGUGCUGUUUGGUGUGUUGGCAUGCGGCUGCCAGUUCUACGAUGGUGAAGCGGCUAGCGAUCGCCUCCUCAGAUCCAGAGUCUUUGUGGCCGCCGCAUUCGAAUGCCUACGUCUGGCAAAUCUGUUUGGCAUGCCGUCCGAGGCCACGAUACAGGCGCUCUUGAUGAUUGAACUUGCCAUUGCGAAUGACACCAACCCCGGUAUGGCAUGGAGCCUGAUAGGGACGACAGCGCAGAAUGCCCAAUCCAUAGGAUUGCAUCUCAACAUGAAUCGAAGCCUUGAAUGGGAUGCUGCCAUACACCCCCUUUGGAGCGCAAUUUGGUUUUUGGACUCGUCCUUAUCCCUUGCGUUUGGACGCCGGCCGAGCAGUUUUGUGGCUGGGCUCGACCAGCACAAUUUACACAUUGUCAGCGGCGUGACAUUUCCUACAUUCUGCGCCUGGACAGGCGCCAUCCAUAAGCUGAAGCUCAACUGGCAGCUAGAGCAGACGGGCGACGUGAAAGCAAGCGAUGUCCCGCCAUCCAUCGUGUUUAGGUAUCUGCAGAGUCUGGCCAACCUCGAGACCAUUCCGCCAUAUGGACCACGCAGCAACACCAAGCCCAGCACGUUUCAUCGGAAGAUCGAACAGCUCGUGUCGCUUAUCCACAUAAGCCACGUCAAGGCAGAAAUACUUCGUGUCGCGGCGCUGUCCAGCGCAGUCCAACCAGCCAGCCGCAGGGAGCAUUUUGACGAGAUGAUGCAGAGCCUCAAUGGGCUUAUUUCUGCGUACUGUACUUUGAAGCCGCUGUCGGUGACAAUGGCCAAUUCGUGGCCGAUAUUGUAUGCCACCAUCAGCUCUGCGUUGCUUUUAGCCGGCAUUUGCUACAGUUUGGGAGAGGAAACUCCCCUGGUGGUGAAGAAAUUGGUCGGGGUGCUUUGUGAGGACGUUGAAGAGGACGAUGACCAUGGCAGGGCAAUGGGCCCGGCGGCGUACGCAGAUGGGCUCAGAGUCUUGCGACAUUUGUCAGAAAAUUGA